AUGUCUGAAAGGACUAGUGAGAACCCUAGUCCUGGAUCUGGUGCUGUCCGAACAGGUACAUCGAUGACGAUGAUUUACCCAUCAAAAUCUAAUAGGAUCUACACUUGUCAGUUUUGCAGUAAAGGGUUCUCAACCACUCAAGCCCUAGGUGGUCACCAGAACGCUCACAAGCAAGAUCGUGAGUGGGAAAAGAAGAGGAAGGAGAUGGAGGAAGACUUCCCGGGACUCUCCUUUUUGAACCCUUACAUAAACAAGCCACACUUGCUCCUAGGUGGGUAUUCAGAAGAUGCUUUAUCAAAUGAUAAUCAUCUUGGGAUCACUCUUGAACCUUACAGACGUAGAGGACACGGUGUUUACCCAACAUUCAGUGGCGGACACGGGAGGCCCAUGAACAUGACUGUUGUUCCUCGCAUGAAUCCUACUCGCUUCUUCACAGGGAACACUUUAACCUAUGGUUCUCCGUCUGCAGGGGGACGUGGGCCCAGACCCCCAUAUACCCCGAUACUCCCUAGGAAUGUUCCUCCUUCUUUUCCUCCUCGAACCAGGAGUUUGUAUCCGCAAGAGAACCGUCUGAGCGACGAGGAUCUCACCUUAAAGAUAGGGAAUGACAAGAUUGUGGUGAUUGAUGAUGAUGAUGAUGAUCAGCCAGAAAAAGAGAACCCUAAAAACUGGGGCUCUGAUUUGUCCCUUUGA